ACUACAUUAACGCUGCAACGUACCCACUAACUCCAAAUAUCUUUUAAAGCCCCAGAAUUUCAUUUCCAAAGCCUGCAGGUUGGGAAAUGAUAAUGGACAUGAAGGUGAAGGAGUCCACAAUGGUGCGGCCGGCAGGGGAGACCCCGAAGCGCGCGCUGUGGAGCUCGAGCCUGGAUCUGGUGGUGACCCGCUUCCACACCCCGAGCGUCUAUUUCUACAGGCCUACCGGCGCCGCCAACUUCUUUGAUGCGAGGGUGCUCAAGGAGGCCCUUAGCAAGGCCCUCGUGCCCUUCUACCCGAUGGCCGGCCGAGUCAAGCGGGACGAAGACUGCAGGAUUCAGAUUGAUUGUAAUGCCGAGGGCGUGCUCUUUGUUGAGGCCGAGAUGGACUCCGUCCUCUGUGAUUUCGGCAACUUUGCGCCCACCUUGGAGCUCCGGCAGCUUAUUCCCGCUGUUGACUAUUCUAAAGGGAUCGACUCUUUUCCCCUCGUGGUCGUGCAGGUAACACAUUUUAAAUGUGGCGGGGUCUCACUUGGCAUUGGUCUGCAACACCUUCUUGGUGAUGGGUUAGCUGGGCUCCACUUUGUGAACACAUGGUCAGAUAUGGCUCGAGGCCUUGAUUUAACCAUUCCACCAUUCAUCAACCGGACCCUCCUCCGUGCCCGGAAUCCACCUCAGCCUGCAUUCCAGCACGUUGAAUACCAACCCUCCCCUCCGAUGAAAACCCCUCUUCAAUCCAUUGACACUACAACAACAGUGUCAAUGUUCAAAAUAACGAGGGAGCAGCUAAAAACGCUGAAAACCAAGUUUAAGGAUGAUGUCAAUACCAACACAGUUAGAUAUAGCUCAUAUGAGAUUCUGUCAGGACACGUGUGGAAAUGUGUGACAAUGGCACGUGCACUUCCUGAUGAUCAAGAGACCAAACUGUAUGUUGCAGUCGACGGACGGUCCAGAUUGCAUCCUCCACUCCCGCCUGGUUACUUUGGCAACGUCAUCUUCAUCACCACUCCAAUAGCUUUAGCAGGCGAUCUCCAGUCUAAACCGACGUCGUAUGCUGCAUCCAUGAUUCACCAUGCAUUGGCGCUGAUGGACGACGAGUAUUUGAGAUCGGCGCUCGACUAUCUAGAGCUUCAGCCUGACGUGUCGGCGCUUGUUCGUGGGGCCCACACUUAUCGAUGUCCGAAUCUUGGUAUAACAAGCUGGACGAGGCUGCCGAUCUAUGAGGCUGACUUUGGGUGGGGUCGGCCUAUAUUCAUGGGACCCGGCGGGAUUCAGUACGAGGGGCUGUCGUAUAUAUUACCAAGCCCAACUAAUGACGGAAGCUUGUCGGUUGCCAUUGCUCUGCAAUCCGAACAUAUGAAAGAGUUUGAGAAGUUGUUGUUUGAAUUCUGAGGAGCUCUUCCUAAUUAAGGUGGCUGUGUUUCUUUCUUAUCUUGUACUCUUUAAAUUGAAGUGGGCUUUGAAUGUUCAAACUUUUUUCAUUUAAUUUUAUUUCGAAACUUUGAGCUUAUUACACCCGCCAAGCUAGAUAAUUUGUUUAAGCUUAAUUCAUUUAUCUUUUGGGCCAAUACAGGUGUAGU